AUGUACACACAGACACAUGUACGUACAUACACACACACAUAUACAUACACACACACACAUGUACACACACACAUACAUGUACAUACACGCAGACACAUGUACAGAUACACACAUGUACAUACACACACAAACACAGCCCUAUAAAAAGUUGCAGUACUUCGUCGUUCACUCACAAAGCCGGGUACUGAACUCUAGGUGGAGGCAGAGAGCACAGCGCACACUCCUUCCUUUGCUUUCACUGCGCUCAGCUAUUGAGCAGUUUGACGGCUCCCAGUGCCAAUGACAGAUCUGGCCUGAGCUCUGAGCCUGCUCAGCAAGACAGCCCUGGGGGACACACUCGUCCCCACCAUAACUUCCACUCGCCAUUGGCAUGCAGGCGAGUGGAAAUUUCAAGGCCUGCUCUAUAGC